CGAGGGAUUCAAUGCCUUUCUCUACUUGCAUCAUCAGCGAUGGACGGGUUAUUUCAUUUAACCCGGAAAUAUUUAACAAUAGUAUUUAUUGACAUGUAAUCUUCUCUGGUACGAAGAGAUUCUUUUUUCUGAAAAAGAACUACCAAAUCAAUAUAUCUCUUCAGUGAAAAACCCAAGAUACUCCUAUUCUUUGAGAAUUUGUAAAUCGAAAGAGCAGCUUUUCGUUUACUAGAUUUUGUUGGCGCUUUCUUUCUCAAUGCUAUAAAACGACCAAAAUAAUUUCGACGACAGUUCCAUAUUUCCUAAUUUGUAUCGUCGGCACAACUACUUCACCGCUCACUUUCCCUGAAUUCCUGUGGUACUUUCCAGUUACCAUUCUUGAUGACCCUUUUUAUAUCUCCUCUCUUUUUCUCACCCCCCAGACAGCAUCGAGGGUCAUAUUAAUACACGUAUCAGCAGUGAUUAUGCCCGUUGAUUUUAUUGCGUGGAUGUUUGCAAAACUGCCUUAAAGGAGUUGCAAUAAAUAAUGAAAACCAGCAUGUAAAGCUUAUGGCUGGUCCAAGGAAGGCAACUGUUUGGCUAUAUCUUGAUUCUUGCACUAAAUGAAGAAACAGAAUAUGGCUCAAGAAUCAUUCACAGUUUUCGUAUUGCGGGUUUCUAUAGUUAUAUACCUUCUAUACAUACCUAACUGAUGGAGAGGGACGACCGGUUGGUUAUGGAUCUUUAAGAAGUUUAAGGAGUCAGCAACAGGAGCAGCAGGGAGAAAACAAGAUGCCUGCUGUUUGGUUUGCUCUGAAGAGGUCUUUGCAAUGCAAAUCUGAACAAGGAGAUGUCUGUGAGCCAAAUGGUAGAAAUCUGAGCAACAUUUCAACAAAGAAAAGUAGCGGGGGAUGGUCCGGUUGUUCGAGGUCUAUUGCAAACUUGAAAGAUGUUGUGAUUCAUGGGAGUAAAAGGCACACGGAAAAGCCGCCAAUUUGCAGCCCGAGAUCCAUUGGAAGUAGUGAACUUCUGAACCCAAUAACCCAUGAAGUCAUGCUUAACAAUUCAACCUGUGAGCUUAAAAUAAGCGCCGGAUCUGGUUUCCAGGGAGGUGGUGGUGAUGAUGCUGUUUCUAAGUUCGUUGGCAUGUUGAAGCCUGGAACUCCAGGCCCUGGACGGUUUCAUGUUGCGCGGGGACACAGGACGGGCGUAUUAGGCAGUCCGAUAAGGAGGACAUCGAGUAGCCUGUCCAGGAGGAGUUCUGGAUUUGGUGCUAUUUCGACAAAGCCAAGGUCUUCUUUUGGGGUGGAAUCUCAUGGAGCUCUGUUUUGCCAUAAAUGUGGUGAGCGAUUUGUCAGAUGGGAAGCUGUGGAGGAACAUCAUCUCUCCAAACACGCGGUUACUGAACUGGUUGAAGGAGAUUCAUCGAGAAGGAUUGUCGAAAUUAUAUGUCGAGCCAGCUGUACCCGCCCCGAUAAUCACUCAGGUGGAGUAGAGAGGAUUCUGAAGGUCCACAACAUGCAGAAAACACUAGCCCAAUUCGAGGAGUACAGAGAACUAGUGAAAAUCAAAGCCAGCAAACUCCCCAAGAAACAUCCACGCUGCUUAGCGGACGGGAACGAGCUGCUGAGAUUCCACGGCUCAACCGUAGAAUGCUCUCUAGGCAUGAAGGGCUCGUCCAGCCUCUGCACAUCCGACAAAUGCCGAGUCUGCCGAAUUCUAAGGUACGGGUUUUCAACCAAGAAAGAGCUCAGUGAGGGUGUUGGAGUGUUCACCGCUUCAACUAGCGGCAGAGCAUUCGACUCAAUCCAAGUAUUAGACGGUAAUCCAUCCUUAAGAAAGGCCCUGAUAGUCUGCAGAGUGAUAGCAGGCAGGGUGCACAGGCCUGUGGAGAAUAUACAAGACAUCGUUGGUCAAUCAGGAUUUGAUUCAUUGGCAGGAAAAGUAGGCGUCCACUCAAGCAUUGAGGAGCUGUAUUUGCUCAGUCCCAGAGCUCUCCUUCCUUGCUUCGUGGUGAUCUACAAAACUUAGUUAACAGACACAACAUGGUUUUGGUGGUUGUGAAUUCCCUCAUCCUUUUCUGCCUCUUUUCCACUUAAGAAUAUUCUGAUUCAGAUUGUUACAACUGUGAUUAGAGUCCAUUCUUUCUGCAAUCUCCUUGCUCAUUCUCAAAUUUGGGGUUAUUUGAUGGAAACGGUACAUACCUUCAUUCAGAGCA